GCCUCUGCCCGUCACCAAACCACCUCUUCCCCAGUACAUCUUAGGCAUAGCCAAGAGGCACAACAAAGAGUGGACGGAGGAGGAACAGAAUAAGAAAGAUAAGCAACAAAAUCAUAUGGAGGAGGAACAAAGGCUUAAGGAGGAAGAAAGGGCGGAGAUCGAGGCAGCAAGAAAGGAAUAUUUGAAGAUUGUACUAUCAAGAAUGAAAUUGAUGAGGAAGGUCGGCCGUCCUGCCACUCUCAUGUACUGCAAGAACCUGGACGCUCGUGAAUUGCUCAGUCGCAAGAGCAACUGUGAUGAAAUCAAAUGGGAAAGCGGGCCUGUUGAUAAGGAGAUUUUGCUUGAGAAAGAGAGAGCCCUCUGGAAUGCUGCUAUGGAAUAUCGGAAAGUUCAAAACAUGGACUCUGAAUAUGAUUUGGUUGCUAGCAAGAUGACCUUUUUUCCUAUAAUGUCGAAGAAGUGCAUGUGGUACCACUGCAAUCUUGUGGGCUGUAAGAGAGAAACUCCUUCAAAAGUGAUGCGACAGUAUUUCUUUCUUGAGAUCAACAGGACUCGAGGGAAGACUGACACUGUUACAGCAUGCAUUGCACUUGAUGAUGACGUCGACAAUACCUGUAACGCAUGUCCUUCCCAUAGUGGCAUUUUGCAUCCCUGCAAGGGUGGAUUUACUUGUGGAAGCAAAGAAGCCACACCAACAAGAGCCUUGGAUGGAGAUGUUGUGUCACCUGGCAUACCUGCUCCCUUGCCUACCCGGGGGAAUGAAACCCUUGGGCCUACCACCAGAAGACUACCAGCCUUGGUUGGAGGUGGAACUUCCCGACCUGGCCCACCUACUGUAGCUGCAAUAGAAACCCCUCCCAAGUCCAAAUCCUUGGCUGCCAUGCCGAAUGGAAGACCAGCGCCUAUCACCAAAAGGCAUUUGGAAAUAGCACUGGCAUUGGCUGGAGGUGGAACUUCCUCAAACGGCUCAUCCAAAGACAACCCCAAAUGCAAGUAGCAGAAAAAAGUUAAUUUGUGUCUUGACUAUAUAUAUGCCGCUUUGUUUACCUGUCCAUGUUUCAGUUUGUCUGCAGCUGGAUGUUGCAACUUGCAAUGUCACUUGGACUGCAACCUGGGAAAUAUUAUGUCACUAGAUGAUGUAGGUUCAUCACUUGUUCCAUGUUCUGUGAGUUGGAACUACUAUUGAGUUUUAAUUUUUUUUGCCUUGUGUACAAUUUGUUAGCCAUUUUGGGGCAUUGUACAUCAUCAGUCCAUUAUCCUCAAAU